UGUUUUUGUCCAUCCGAAUUGUCCGAUUUUACAGUUAGACUUUAUGUCCCCUGUACAAUGCGAUCGCGGUGAUAUCGGCUUAUAGGCUUAUAACGGUGUUGUGUCCAAUGUGCUUGCGUUCCAGUGCGUUUCGUGUUCGUUUUCGUUGCCGUUCCCGUGGCUGAAGCCAAAGACACACCAGACAGCUGAUCAUCACAGACUUUGGCUCACACCUGCUACAAAAAGACAAUAAUUAUUUAAAAACCUGGCACUCGGGGGCCAUUUAGCAGCUGCCAGUGUAUUUAUAUAACAGCAAUUUGAUUGAUUAUGGCGCUGCCCAGAAAACUGAUAUCGAAGAUCUACGAUAUAAAGGCACACGAUAGCAGAGUUACUAGUCUUGAUCUUGGAGAAACAGGCCGAGUGCUGGUCACCGGAGGAGAGGAUCGGAAUGUGAACCUCUGGGCAAUUGGUCAGAAUGAGUGUUUUAUGUCUCUAACUGGUCACAAUCGCUCCAUCGAUUGUGUCCGCUUUGCGUAUAAGGAUAACUUUGUCUACUCCGCCGACGACAUCGGAAUAAUACGGAGAUGGGAUCUGAACUCGCAGAAAAUCUACUCCACAUUAAAUGGCCACAUGAAGAGUGUUCGCACUCUGGACUUUAAUCCCUCGGGAGAGUAUGUGGUCUCCGGAAGCAACGAUACGACCGUCAGACUUUGGGAUGUGCAGAACGAGAACAACUGCAUCAAGGUGUGUCGCGGUCACAUGUCGCACGUGAACUCUGUGAAAUUCUCGCCCGAUGGACUUUGGAUCGCCUCCGCUGGCUUGGAGGGCUCCAUUCUCAUCUGGGAUAUACGGAAGAGCAAGCAGAUUAUGGAAUUCAUAGCAGAUCCGCCGGUCACGGCCAUCACAUGCGUUCAAUUCCAUCCCUUCGAGUUCCUGCUGGCCGCCGGCCGAAUCGAUGGCACCGUUUCCAUCUACGAUCUGGAGCACCAGCAGCUCGUCUCGCAGACCACUCACUUUUAUGGCCAGGCCAUUAAGUGUAUAACCUUCAGUGAUAAUGGCGAGUGUCUCUUUGUGGGCAGUUCUUCGGGCAUUUCGGUUAUUGGUUGGGAGCCGGAUCGUGAGCUAGAUCACAUAAAAAGCACCUGGUCCACGUUGGCGGACAUGAAAGUGGUCAACAAUAAGUUGAUCUGUGGCUGCCAUGAGGUCGACACCGUUGCGAUCAACACCAUCAGUCUGGACCGCGUGAUACCGUUCUACCAGCCGCCCAACUCUCUGCCCAACUUCAAGCACAACUCGACGAACCGAAAGAGUUUCACGCGCGGCAACCAAAAGUUCAGACUUUCCCUGGCUGGCGGCUCCAAGCCCGCACAGGUGCAGGAGGAGCACGAGCACGAGGGCAGCAAGAGUGGACUGUCGUCGCCCAACUACAGUCUGGAGGUGGUCAACGAGGCUGUGCUGGAGUCGUCGGCGGAAACGUCGCCGAUGUCCUCGUUGCCACCGGUGGGAAAGUUCUCCAGGAUGCCCGACAAUAUGGCCAGCUAUGCCGGCGGCAGCUAUGCCGCCAUCGAUACACGCCUGAUGUCGAUGAACGAGCCACCUAGUUCGCUGCACAAGCCGGACAGCAUCUACAGCAUCUACUCGGAGGAGGCGGCGGCGGCGGCAGCGGCAGCGGGAGACUUGCAGCAGUUGGAGUUCAAUCUGAACGACAGCAAUCCGCCGAUACUCAACAACUAUGACAACUACGAGAUGGCCGAGGACUUUCCGGUCAAUCAGAACCUUAACUACAUUACCAGUAGCUAUAAGCAAGUGCCCUCCGCCGCCGCCGCUGCCGCUGCCACCUCGACCAUCAACGCUUCGUCCAAGUCGAUCAAGAAGACCACGACCACCAGCCUGCACAAGAGGAGCACAACCAGCAUGGCCAGCUCCAAGCAGACCUCGACGGGCAUUGGAAUCUUUGGUGGCAGCAAGCUCAGCCAGCAGGUCUCCUCGGUUAGCUCCAUGGAGCUGCACAAGCUGGACGACAAUAUGGUACUGAAGAAGUCCUCCUCAUCGAAUGUCGUCAACAAGAACAAGCGGCCGCAGAGCCAGUUCAGCAAGGAGAACGGUGGUGGUGGUCAGCAGGCAAGGAAUAUCAAUGUGGAGAUCAUCACAAAGCCACCGAUGCGCUCGCGCACCACUUUGGACAUGCGCACCUCGCACCACCAGGCCAAAAGCACUCAGGAAAAACAGAUGCAGCAGCCAGUGAACAAUCGCAUCAUGAUGGACGAUCACGACUUUGAUAUGCUCUCGCGGUCGCAUGAGGCUGUGCUGCAGGAGCUGAGCAAUCGACAGUCCAGCCUCGACUUGCUAAGGAACUCCAUGCGGUCGCACGAUGUGCUGGGCGCAUUGAGGCAAGCCAAGAACUGUGGAAAAUCUAUUUUCAUAGACCUACUUGGAGCCAUACUAGAGAAACCGUCCUCGUGGAACUUGGAUUUCUGCAUGUUUGUGCUGCCAGAGAUUUACGAACUGUUGCAAAGCCAACACAAGUUCCACUUUACCAGAGCCUGUGAUACACUGCGCAUUAUUCUGUCGAACUUCUUGCCAACCAUUCAGGAAAACCUCGACUCCUGGGCCGCCAAUGGCCUGGGCGUGGACGUGACCCGCGAGGAUCGCCAGCGGAAGUGCGCCGAGUGCCAGCGAUGGUUGCUGCAAAUCAAGAACCUGCCCGAAAGCACCCACUUUGGGUCCACGCUCUCACAACUGCAGAACAUAAUCAUUUUCUAGGGGCUACGCGUAUGCAUAUCCAGCUGUAAAUUCUCCCCGGCGUUCAUCAUCAGAUCAGCAGAUCAUCGUGAACGGUACAAAGAUCGUCGUCAGCGAAAGAAAGAAAACCACCAGCUUCCCAAAACCCGAUUCACAUACAGAUACAGGGUCCUGGGGAGUGGCCUCAUUUGUCGCUCUAAGCUGCCAAAACUAAGGAAUUUCAAACAAUCGUUUCAGGGACAGCUGCUCGCAAACGAGCUCUGCCUUCGAACUCUCUGUUUAUCCAGCAUUAACACAACCCUAGGGCCUUUUUUCCAUCAUCGGCAUGCUAUGAUACAAUCGGCUUGGAAGCCUUGGAAUUCCGUGCUUUUGGUUUUCUCGGUUAACAAAGCUACCUUCAGUUUAGCCUACCAUGAGGAUAUGAAAACGGGCCUUAGUUAUUUAAUGAUUCAUACUAUUAAUUUGUUAUGCAAACUAAUUUAUAAACCUAUUAUUUACAUAGACCUAAGAC